UGGGCUCGGAAUAUCCUUGCGGCAACAUGGCGAAACGCACCAAGAAGGUUGGAAUCGUCAGUAAAUACGGGACCCGUUAUGGCGCCUCCCUCAGGAAAAUGGUGAAGAAGAUUGAAAUCAGCCAGCACGCCAAGUACACUUGCUCCUUCUGUGGCAAAACCAAAAUGAAGAGAAGAGCUGUGGGGAUCUGGCACUGUGGUUCCUGCAUGAAAACAGUAGCUGGUGGUGCCUGGACCUACAAUACCACCUCUGCAGUCACAGUAAAGUCUGCCAUCAGGAGACUGAAGGAAUUGAAAGACCAGUAGACGCACCACAGAUCGAAACAUCUCUAGCCUAUAAUAAAUGGGUUAAUUUAUGUAAAAAAAAAAA